GCUACUCUGAAAUUUGAUCAAUGUCUGUGCAGUAAAGUCAUUCACAACACAAGAGGGGAGUGGUUGGAGCAUGCGCUGUAGGAAAGCAACAAGUGGCAUGUCAGUUUGUUACAGAGGAACUGCGGAACGUGGUGCUGACGUCACGGCUCCAGCCAGGUGGCAUUCCAAGUGGAGAGAGAGAGGACGUGGAGUCACAAUCAGAAUUCCAAAUCAGAAUGCAAGUCAGAAUGUGAGGCGCGCGUGUUGUAAAUUUGAAUCCUGCAACCUACGAUCCUCAGUCACACAUUUUGCGCGGCAUAGGCGAUCAAGCAAAAGAAGAGCUGUUAGUUGCAAAAUAGCAGGGUCGAUAAGGAGGAUUACAGAAAGAGGGACUCCGAACUAGAAAAAAGGACCAAAAAGGGCAAUCAACAUGUCUUCUGCACAAGUGUCUUCGUCCAGGAGACAGUCGUGCUACCUAUGCGAUUUGCCCCGCAUGCCGUGGGCUAUGAUUUGGGAUUUUACGGAGCCAGUCUGUAGGGGUUGCGUUAACUAUGAAGGCGCGGAUCGGAUCGAGUUCGUAAUCGAAACUGCACGGCACCUGAAGCGGGCACAUGGUUUUCAGGAGGGGAGAUCUCCCGGACCACCGCCACCGCCCGCAGUAAAGGCUCAAGCAGCAAUGUCAUCCAAAGAGACCGUUCAGCUUAACCACGUGGACGGAUCGUCUAAACAACAGCAACCGGGGAUGGACCGCUACUCUCUCAAUACCGAUAGACCACGUUUUGAUUACCCGGGCAUUAGCGCCCAUGCUGGCAGGCUUCCGAACGGCCUGAGUGGACCAAAUGGUUUCCCAAAAACGGACGAUGGCCCCCCUGAACUGAACAGACAAAGCCCGAAUUCACGAAGGAGCCACGGUCUGGUUGCAGUUCCAGGUCAGAUGACCGUGCCUCCGAAUCUUCUCCCGCAGACAAUGCUGAACGGCCCGCCUGCUGCAGCGGCCAUUGCCCCGCACGGUCUGGCGAACCGACCCCCUCCGUCAUCCAGCAUGGGACCCGCGCUGGCCAUGGCUUCCCAGUCCAUGUCGGACGUGGGCAAACGACCGGGCUCCGUUUCCAGCACGGACCAGGAGAGAGAUCUGAAGGAGAAACAACGCAACGCGGAAGCUUUGUCUGAACUGAGCGAAAGUUUAAGGAACAGGUCCGAGGACUGGGCAAACAAACCGAAACUAGUAAGGGAGACAUUGAUUACUCUGUCAAAUGGCACUCCUUUUAACGUGAGGUUUAAAAAGGACCAUUCUCUCGUGGGUAGAGUGUUUGCUUUCGAUGCUAUCUCAAAGCCAGGUAUGGACUAUGAGUUGAAAAUAUUUAUCGAGUAUCCCAGUGGUUGUGGAAACGUGUUUUCAAGCGCAUCUGGUGUCGCUAAACAAAUGUAUCAGGACUGCAUGAAAGAUUUUGGUCGAGGGCUUUCUUCGGGUUUCAAGUAUUUGGAGUAUGAGAAAAAGCACGGUUCCGGAGACUGGCGCCUUCUUGGCGAUUUAUUGCCAGAGUCGGUACGUUUCUUUAAAGAGGGAUUGGGUAGUGAAAUGUUGCCCCAACCGUACAUCGAUGCCAGCUGUCCUUUGUUGCCUACUGCCUUGGUGAAUAUCCCUCGUGCCUUGCCAGCAGCCAGCGCUCCGAGGACUGGCAUGAGAAAACGCAAGGCGUCUCCUGAACCCGAUUCCGCCGAGGGGGCUUUGAAAUUGUCCGAAGAACAACAAAGGCAACAGUGGAUGGCUAGCCAGAGCGAGGCUUUGAAACUGACGAUGACAUCUGGUGCAUUCGGAGCCUCCCACGGGGGACCCCCGCCACUCGGACCCAGCCACCCUGUGCAUUCCAGCAGGACCACCCCUCCCGAGACUGCCCCUCAGAACGGACAGUCCCCCAUGGCAGCCCUCAUGUCUGUCGCAGACACCCUUGGAAACGCGCAUUCUCCAAAAGACAGUAACUCGGUUCACUCAACCACGUCCACGCGACACAGCAGCAGCAGUCCGGUCUCCCCAGCCUCUAUAUCGGGUCAGCGGCGCUUGGCGUCUCGCAACGGAGAGAUGAACCUGGCCAGUGCACCGACUCAAUCCAGCACCCACCCUGGCAUGGAUCAAGGUCAUCCCCAGAGCAUUCCAGAUUCACCCAUGGCUAAUAACGGGCCACUGUGCUGUACCAUUUGCCACGAACGGUUGGAAGAUACCCACUUCGUUCAAUGCCCGUCAGUUCCCAACCACAAAUUCUGUUUCCCUUGUUCCCGAGAGAGCAUCAAAGCACAGGGAGCCACUGGCGAGGUGUAUUGCCCUAGCGGAGAGAAAUGCCCCUUGGUAGGUUCAAAUGUGCCUUGGGCGUUCAUGCAAGGUGAGAUAGCAACAAUUUUAGCUGGGGACGUUAAAGUAAAAAAGGAGAGAGACCCUUAGAUGUAUGCUUCCUUCUUAAACGCUUAACGAGUCAAGUAUAUAUAUCCAUGUUGUGAAUAAACUGACAUGAUUAGUCUUAUGUACAGAGACGUUACUUUCUUCAUAUGUUUCUAUAUUUUGAAACAAGGGUACAAUUACUUCAUUUGGAAGAGGAAGCCGUUUUAGUUGUCAGGCGUUAUUGACUGGUUCCUGAAUAACAUUUAAUUUCUAUGGCAGUUUGUUGUCUAGGUACAAAGUGAAAGCACUUAGCAAUUACUGCUGUUUUUCCAUGCACUUUUAUUGAUUACCAAGGCCAGUAUUGACACUCAUAAAAUACAAGCCUAUUUUACAAAAGUAACAUGUUAGUUAAACCCCAAAUUCUGAAAAAAAGAAAAAAGAAAUAGGUCAGGCAAUGGGGGUGAUGCUUUCGUUUAUUUCUGCUCUUCAUUUUUAUUUUGGGUUGUGUUUACCAGGGUAAUGUUUAUUUUAUCUUGUGAUCUGAGUAUACGAGUAUAUUUUACUGCGUGUUUUUCUUUUAAAUCUUUCUCUCCUUUUUGCUUCAUUGAUUUAUUGAUGCACGGAUGCUUAAGAGUAGAGCAAAAUGCUGUACAUGAACAUAUUAUGCUCUGUUUGUUUAUACCUUUCUGUAGUAACAGAAGACUGUAACGUGCCUUGGAGCUGAGUAAAUUGUAAUAAAUUCCAUUGAUAUUAA